AUGUCUACCGCUUUUGUCGUUGGUUUGUUCAGCCUCGUCAAUGGCGAUCGUCGGGCGGAGCAGAAUGGAAGUACCCAGACAUUUUACUGCUUCUAUGAGACAGCGUUUCGCUACAGCAACGGAUCCGACGCUUCUCCUGCUCAGCUUCGAGUAUACAGUCCUUUGGGUGGCUUGACCCUCCCCGACGAUACUCUCGCUUUUGUGGUCGCAAAGGCGUACUUUGAUCGCGAGGGCCCAAUCCUUUUAGAUGCUCAGCCACAGCAGUUUUAUGCUUUCCCAGGCGAUCCCUCGGAAGAAGCGUAUUACGAUCAUGUUCCUGAAUUCGACUUCCCUCUUCUUUUUGCAGUGGGGCGUGUAAACGCUCCGUCCACCAUUGACUCUCUUCUUCCGCCGUUGCAACGUUUCGAUAUCGCUGUGUCGGAGUACGUGAGAAAUACGGUGCAGCACAGCAAAGCAGAAAUGGUAUUCAACAGCUCAACUUCACGCUGGUCCCAUACGCCUACUCCUGCUGUUAAUAGCAGUGUUGGUGUGCUAGGAAUGAGCGCGGCAAAAACAUCCGAUGGAUAUAUUCAGUUUGAGUUGCUUUCACUUGCCCUAAACGUUGCGAACAACGUUUCCGUUGGUGGAUCAGGAAGUUUAGCCGCGCGGACUGUCACUGUGAAUCCGGCCGCCAACACGCCGUCGAAGAAAGAUCGCUUCUCCGCCCGUGUUAGUGGUACGAAGAGCGCGACCGUGAAUGAAGUGCCGGACUUAGAACCAACCAAUCGUUCUCGUGAGAAGAAGAAAGUUGUCACAGAAGAACAUGACGUUGGGGGUGGUCGAAAUACUCCAUCGGCGUCGACUUCGAGACUUCCACCCGAGGCGUAUCAUCCUCAGACCCCCGGUUUGUACGAAAGCGAGGCGACUUCAACGGCAACAUCGACGUCAGAGUCAAUUUUAGCACAGUUAGAACCUGAACAGUUGAGAGCCAUGGUGGCGAUGUUGCCGCCAAAGACUGGUGAUAGCGAAAAUCGGCGAUCUCCCUCGCCUGCAGGACGUGGGAAGCGACCUCGUAAGUCUAAGAAGUAG